UGGGAGUGGGAGUGGCGUGGCGGCGGUGGAGGGGAGAAGACGACGGAUUCGUCCUCGAGUACCCGGCACCUUGAUGGCGCUUCUCGAUGGUGACGACCGGGAAACCGGCAUUCUUCGCGCGCCUCAUGCUCAUGCUCGCGGACGUGAUCAAAACCCGAGAACUCAUAUAUGCAAAUCGGCAUAGCACAUCAGGCAGUCACAGACAGCAGCGCAGACGUAGAGACAGAAAGAGCUCGCAGGUCGUCAGCAGCAGCAUCAGUCCUACAGACUGACGAAGAGUUGCUGUUUUCGAGGCAUUCGGUGAAAGUAUUCACGCCGUAAUUGUAUUCAGGAGGAGGCGGAGGAGCGGGAAGAAAGAAGCAUGGCUCCCGAGGUGUUGACUAGAACAUGGACAUUUCUGACGGCUAUGGCGAGCAGUACACUGCGGAGUCAAGGGCAGGCCGGAGACGGACGAGAGAAAGAGCUGCUGCAACACGUACUGGCAGUGGCCGAGAAAAACCCGCAGUCGGUGUUGAAGGCGAUCGAUCAGUACGCUCAGCGCUCGUGGCUCAUGAACAUCGGCGAGGACAAGGGACUCAUUCUCGACCAGACUCUGAGUGAUCGGAAACCGAAAUCGGUUCUGGAGAUCGGAGCUUACGUCGGUUACUCCGCAGUCAGGAUCAGCUCGCAGCUCGAUCAGCCCGGCGCCAAGGUCAUCAGUCUAGAAAUGUCGGCUGAGAACGCCAGCAUUACUCGGCAAGUCGUCGCACACGCCGGUCUGUCCGACAAAGUUGAUGUGGUGGAGGGGAUUCUGAAGGACAAGUUGGAAGACGUCACGAGGCUGCUGCACGAGCUGGAUUGCAAGACAUUCGACUUCGUGUUCCUCGACCACGACAAGGAAUUCUAUCUUUCCGACUUCCUGAUCCUCAAGGAGCACGGUCUGGUCGGCAAAGGCACGGUCUUGUUUGCAGAUAACAUGAAAAUUCCCGGAUCCCCCAUUUACCGAGAGUACGUCAUGAAAACUCACGUCGAUGAUUUCGACACCGUCGAGCACAAGACACGGUUCGAGUACCUGAGAUGGCUGCCAGACAGUGUCGUCAUCUCAACUUGCAAGUGAGCAACGGAAGGCUCGUCUCAAACCUUUGCUCAUUGCUUACCCCCGCUCGCCUCCUGAAUGAACCGUCGAAGGUUAGCCCUACGCAGCGCCUGGCGAAUGGUGACGAGUCCGAUUCUUUGAGAAUCGAGGAGCUUGUGAAUGUUGCAAUCCGCAACAGCCCGCCCCGCGAUCAAGAUCACUGGGGAGGCAACAGUCAGAAUUCGGAAUGUAUCCGGGAUCGCUCUCUCUCUCUCUCACUCUCACUCACUUCCAGCAAUUGUUCCGAGGCCCGGCAUGUACUUUGUGGGUGGACUCGGGUGAGGCGUUCUUCAAUUGAAAGAAAGAAUGAAUUUUCUAUUGUAAGAAACUUAGUUACGAGAUAUUGCUUUAGUCUUCGUUCGGCAACGAGGGAGAGCCUUGUAUCACCUCCGAGCUGCAUACCAUGGGUUGAUUAUAGAUUAUUGUCUCAGCCCCUCGCUGAGAAGGAGCAUCUCCCGUCUUGUUUAUACACAAUUGUGUUAACCUGCCCUUACGAGGGCGAUAAUGUGAACCGCUGUCGUCCGGCAGUACUGCAGUCUCUUUCCAUUGAAGUCUGUGCUUGCUGGAU